AUGCAGCUUCUCACCCGGUCGGCCUGUAGGCUGGGCAAGUCUUUCUGCACCAACUUGCCUUGGUUGAGACCUGAGUUGGCUUCCCUACAACAUGUUCCUUGCAGGGUUUCCACGCCCCAGCAGGAGCAGAGGAGACACGGCACCACGAUCCACGAGGACGCCCAUCGGGAAAGGAAUCCAUUGUAUCAGUUUUGGGGCACGUGGCACGAGAAGGAUAGAGAAAACUUUACCAACUUUCUGGAAGUCGUAGGGGCUGCCAGACCGUUGUUCAGCCCGUUAUUGAAGAGAAAGAUGGAGAUCAUCUAUAGGCAGCGUGACGAUGGCGAGUGGGAGAAGGAGAUGGGCUUCAGGGACUCGCCCUUGAGAUUUGUGUCCACGAUCGUAUUUAACCAGCAGUUCGACUACGGCGAGAUUGGAAUCCCAGUCGUGUGCACAAUGACUCCGGACGGCAAGUCUUUACGAGAGCUGAUAGAGACCUACGAGGGUCCACGCGUGGUCAUCUCCGUCCAGCAUAAAGUGUCUGGGAAAAAAAUGACCAUUGGUUACAGAGCCAACAAUGUCGUUUUGAAAAGGUUCUUCCAGCGAGUUGCGUAG